AUGUCAAAUAAUAAGUUCAAUGUUGCCGUCGUUGGCCUCGGUGCCCUCGGCAGCGCCGCAGCCUACCAAGCCGCCAUCAAAGGCUCUAGCGUCAUUGGCUUCGAGCAAUACGAGUUCGGCAACGUCUACGGCUCAUCCCACGACACAUCCCGCAUCGUAAGAACAUCUUACGGAUCUCCAGACUAUGUAGCUCUCGCUCGCGCGGCCUACAAAGAUUGGGCUGAGCUUGAACGUCGCAGCGGUCUUCAAAUGUUGACCAUCACUGGUGGCGUGGUCUUCUUCCCUAAGACCGCUGCCGAUGAGAGUGAACUGAACGAGUUUGAGAAGAGUAUGAGUGCUGGAGAGUUUACGAGAAGUUUGGAUGCGAAUGGUAUCCCGUAUGAGUUGCUUGAUGCACAAGAAGUCAAGAGACGAUGGCCGGCUUUUGACGUUCCGGAGGGUGUCAAGACAAUUUAUACUGCUGACUCAGGCAUUGUCCAUGCGUCCAAGUCUGUUGCGGCGAUGCAAUAUCAGGCUCGCGCCAAUGGAGCAGCAUUGAAGGAAAAGACGCGCGUGGAUGCGGUCAUUCCUAACGCGAAUGGCAAGGGAUUGACAAUUGAGACAUCCCAGGGCAGCUUCCAGGUCGACAAAGUCAUCUUGGCUUGCGAUGCCUGGAUAAACAAUCUCCUCAAACCUCUUGGCUCAGAAAUUCCCCUAACAAUUAUGCAAGAGCAAGUCACAUAUUACAAACCCGCCGAUCUCACACGCUUCGACGAGACCAAGUUCCCUGUCUGGAUCUGGGCCGGCGAUCACUACUUCUACGGCUUCCCAAUAUACGGCGAGCCCGCCAUUAAAGCCGGCCGCGACACAUCCAACAACUUUAUGACACCCGAGAACCGCACAUUUGUCCCUUCUUCAGAGCUCUUUAAUGAGUUAACGUCUUUCAUGGGUAACCUUAUUCCUGAGAAGGGCGAGCCGUUGCGAACCAUCACAUGCCAAUACGCUAUCACACCUGAUCGUCAAUUUGUGAUUAGCCCAUUGAAGAGGUACCCUGAUAUUAUUGUCGGACUUGGUGGUGGACAUGCGUUCAAGUUUGCGCCGGCUAUUGGGCGUGUUCUUGCGGAGCUUGCAAUUGAUGGAGCUACGAAGGAGGAUAUUUCUAACUUUGGGAUUCCUAGAGUAGCGGCUGAAACUAAAUUGUAG